AUUCCAGUUUUGCACCUUAACACGCCAACAACUAAACUGAACGUCGAACAAUAACAACAGGAAUAGCAAUAGCAACAUGGCAAAUUUUAGUGUGGCUUUUGCGGUUUUCAUGCUAAGCGCGUUGGCAAUAUCACAGGCGGCUGUAUAUAUUGGCGGCGGAUGUUAUGACUGUAAUCCGCCCGGUGGUCAAGCACGAGGAGUGUAUACAGGCCUUAACGGCGGUGGCGGUGGCAGAUUAGCAGGAGGAGGAGGAGGAGGAGGAGGAGGAGGCGGAAGCUAUUAUAAUGGAGGCGGGGGCGGACGUCCGGUCUACUCAGGAAACUUUGGACCAAAUGGCUAUAGUGGAGGUGGCGGUAGACGAGGUGGCGGUGGCUACCGUGGCGGUGGCUACGGUGGCGGUGGCGGUGCGGAUUAUGAUACUGGGCUCACGCAAAUCAUAAGCGGCUAAUCGUCGUUUAGUUGUCAAAAACAAAAACAAAAAGUAAAUAAAUACAAAAAAAAAAUAUAAAAACAAAGUAACACAAAUAACAUGAGUUUUAAGUACGCUCUCAAAGUGAAGUAUAUACAUUGCUCAUUCGCAUCGCAACUAGAACUUUUGCGACUACAACAUUGACCUUGAAAAGCAUUACAAAGUGUUUGCUCCAUGAACUACACUUGUAAGCAAAAAAAAAAAAAAAACAACAAAACAAAAUAGUGACCAACGCAAAAUUUCAACAGCUUUGUUUUGUUUUCUUUACAUAAGGUGGGGCUUUUACCCCUGAGGUUAAUUGUUGUCUACCAUUUUAAUCUACGUUCUCUCAUACAUACUCGGAAUGUCGCAAUUAAGCUUUUUGAUAUAAGAGAUAAGUAAAUGCACUUUCAAUACCCUGUGA